AAAUGAAUUGCGCACACAUGAAUAAACUCAUGGACAGUCGCGCAACCUGCGAAUAAGUAUAAGCAUACAACAACGAACUUCUACCUCGUCUACCUCUGAACUCUACGUGCGACAAAAGCGAAGAAACGAUUGUCAAGUGCAGCGCAGUCGCUCGCUGGCCGUGGUUUCGCGCAAAUCACACUCGGUGCGCGCGUGCGAUCCGAAUACGCGUUAAAAACUCGAUCGAACGCAAUCUGUGAUUACAACAAUAAAAAACACCCUUUUAAAUUUAUAAAAACUUUAAAUUAAACUUUUCCGUAGAAGUAGCAAGGAUUAAAUAAUGUUUUUGUGUUAAUUUCAACCAAAGAAAGUUGGUUUAGAAUAGAAUAAAGCAUGUUUUCCGAGAUGCGGUUUAGUUUACUAAAUUUGGUUGUUUUCGCGGUGCUGGUGAGCAAUGUGACGUCAGAUGGGUUCUACAAGGUGAUCGGGCCGCGCACCGUACGCCCAAACAGCGAAUUCCAUGUGGCGGUCUCCACGCAUUCGACAUCCGUGCCGACGACCGUCAGCGUUGCCGUCGUCGGUACCACUCUACACGGAAAAGCCUUCUCCGUCGAGGAGAGUGCUACUGUAUUACCAUACAGUACAAAUAUAAUUAGACUUAAAAUUGAUGAUAUCGAAGAUGGUGUCUACAAACUAGUCGCAAGAGGCUCAGGAGGUGUACAAUUUCAAUCAACAUCGUCUUUAGAUUACGUCAAGAAAUCCUACUCGGUUUUAAUACAAACAGAUAAAAGUGUCUACGAUCCAGGCCAGAAAGUUUUAUUCCGCGCGUUAAUUCUAAACAGCGAUUUGAAACCAGCCUCUGAAGUUCGUAAUGAACCGAUAUCUGUUUAUAUCUCCGAUGAUAAAGGCCACAAAGUCAAAGAAUGGCGUCGGAUAAUUGCACCUCGGGGUGUUUUCUCCGAGGAAUUACAACUUAGUCGCCGACCAAACCUUGGAAAUUGGAAUAUUUCCGUGCAGAUUCACGAUCAAGUUUACAACAAAACAUUUAUGGUUGCGCAAUAUAUAGAACCCAAACUGAUGAUUAAUAUUGACGCCCCCAAGCAUUUAACGUUCCAGGAAAACGUUUUAACUACUCAUAUUACGGCUCAGUAUAAAUCUGGGAAGAAAGUACGUGGUGAUGCAACGGUGACAGUUUAUCCCACGAUUAAUUCCGGAGUAAUUCAACCAAUAUUCCAAAAUCCUGUCAGGAAAGUUUACCCGAUUGAUGGGGCGCUUACAGUUAACUUUGAUGUUGCAAAAGAGUUGAAAUUAAGCGAUGAAUAUGAACGUACUGUUGUUGUUGAUGUUAUAAUUGAAGAAUCUUUAACUGGAAGGAGGCAAAAUCAUAGUGUUGAAGUACAACUGCAUAAAUACGAUUACAAAAUGGAAUUGAUCAAAACAGCUAAUUAUUUCAAGCCCGGAAUGGUUUAUACUACUUAUAUUAAAGUAUCUAAUCAUGAUGGGAGUCCACUUUCGAAUGAUCGUCGUUCAGUGGGUUUGCGUUAUGGCUUUUCACGUGUUGAUGAUGUUUACACCAAACAUAAAAUCGUCCUCGAUCGUAAUGGAAUGUUUAAACUUGAGCUGGACACCCCAAUGAACGCUAACAACAAUACUGCUCUUCGUGUUGAAGCAGAUUAUUAUGAUUUAUAUGAACGAUUACCACCGGUACCAGCUGCUGUGUCCUUCAGCAAUAAUUUUAUGCAGAUUUCGAUUGAAAUCGAGCGUCCAAUCGUAAAUCAAGAUAUAGAAGUUCUUGUAAACUGUACUGAAAGAAUGAAGUAUAUAAGCUAUGUGUUGAUGGGUCGGGGUGAUGUUAUCAUAGCUAAUAGCAUCAAAGUUGAUGCAUUGAGAGAGUAUCGUUUUCAUUUUACUGCUACGCAUGCCAUGGUACCAAUAUCUCAUCUGUUGGUUGAUUAUGUCCGGGAUGAUGGCGAAAUGAUUUCGGAUUCGAUUGAUAUACAAGUGGAGGGAAUUCUGCAGAAUUUUAUUGACUUGCAAACGAAUGCGGUGGAAACAUCUCCGGGGACUGAUAUUGAUAUUACUGUCAGAGCACAACCAAAUUCUUAUAUUGGUUUGAUGGCUAUUGAUGAUAAUAUUAAUAUGAUUAAGAAAGGACAUGAUUUAAGUCAAGAUAUGGUGGCAAAUGAGUUGUAUAUGUAUGAUGCAGCUAACGUAUCGCCAUAUUUAGCGAUUACGAAAGGUAGCAAGACGAAUUUCUAUUGGAAACAAGGAUCAAGUAAUGCUCGGGAUAUGUAUUAUUAUUCUGGGGCUAGUGUUCUGACAAAUAGUUUCCUGACAACUCGUCGUCCCACACUGGAAGAUAUUUACUUGCGUCCUGUUCAUUAUGACGCGUCAACAGUAAAACCUGAUCGCGGUGUAGGCCUUCCAAUCUACAGCGUCACUCGUCCGCCAUUAGCAGGACCUUACGCUUUCAGUAGAAUACCUAAACCAGUUUGGGACAAACCUAAAGUUUAUCUUAUGAAUGACGUAGCGGAUACCUGGCUCUUUAACAAUUUCUCCUCUGGUUUUGAAGGAAAGACUUCAAUCAGACGACGCAUUCCUAAUACUUUAAAUACUUGGAGUAUUACUGGAUUUUCAUUAAGUCCUUUGCAUGGCCUGGGAUUAGUAAGCGUCCCGAAAAAGAUCAGAGUAUCAAAAUUGUUUUCGGUAAAUAUUGAGUUGCCGUAUGAAGUACAACGUGGAGAAACUGUACAGGUGGUUGUUGUGGUUCAAAACCACAUGGACAAAGAUGUUACUGCUGAGGUUACACUGCACAAUCCUGAACAGAAGUUUGUAUUUGCUGAAGUUUCUAAUGAAAUUAAUGGAACAAUUCAAAAAGUGGAAUUAUAUCGUCGUAAACGUACUGCUAUCAAAAAGAAUAAUUCGGCAUCUGUUGCGUUUUCCAUAACUCCACUAAGAAUUGGACCAGUGGAACUUAAGGCAACCGCAAGUAGCUCAUCAAAUCAGGAUUCAAACAUUCGUGUGCUUAACGUUAAAGCAGAAGGUGUAACGUUACACUUUACAAAAACUAUUUUUAUUGACUUGACAAAAAGCAACACAUACAAAGGCAAUGUUUCCAUUGAAAUACCUAAAAACGUAGUUCCCAACUCAGAAGAUAUUCAAGUUUCGGUGGUUGGUGAUUUUAUCGGUCCGAUUUUGAUGAAUUUAGAUGAAUUAAUACGUUUGCCUACUGCUGCUGGUGAACAGAAUCUUGUUCACUUUGUGCCUGAUUUAAUUGUUUUAAAAUACUUGCAAAACACGCAACAAUUAACACCCACCAUACAAAAUGAAGCUAUAAAGAAUUUGGAAACCAAUUAUCAACAGCAGCUUACCUAUCGUACAAUGGAUGGUGGUUUUAGUAUAUUUGGAAAAGAACAUGAAACGCCAAGUAUUUGGGUAACUGCUUACACAGCAAUGUCUUUGGCCCAAGCUAAAAACUACAUCUUUAUCGAGAACGUCAUUAUUGAAUCAGCUUACGAAUUCCUCUCAAACGCUCAAAAUUUGAACGGUAGCUUUGUAGAACGCAGCGCCAUUAUUCACAAAGAUGUUCAAUCAUCAGAUACAAACUCAUUGGCUCUAACAGCGUUUGUUACAUUAUCGUUUAUGGAAAAUGAACAUCCCGAAUCUAAGUAUUCCAAUAGUAUAAACAAAGCAUUGGAUUAUAUUGCACGAAAUCUUGACGAAGCAGAUUCUGAAUACACCGUCGCCAUUUGCGCUUACGUCUUGCAGUUAGCUAACCAUCCGAGCAAACUGAGUGCAUUGAAUCUUCUAGAUUCAAAAGCACAAUCAAAAGACAAUAAAAAAUGGUGGAGUAAGCCAGUAUCACGUAAAGAAGAUAAGAAUCCAUGGCACAAGUUGCCUAAAUCUAUGGAUAUUGAAGCAACCGCAUAUGCUUUAUUGACACUGUUUGAAGCGAACUUAAUUGAAGACGCUAUGCCAGUCUUAAACUGGUUAAAUGACCAAAGGAACAAUUUAGGAGGUUUUACAAGCAGUCAAGACACUAGAAUAGCAUUAUAUGCUAUGUACAGGGUUGCGUUGAAAUUGGGACUAAGCUCAAACUGUCAAAUUGAGUUUGCUUAUCGUAAACAGGAAGUUAGAAGGUUUAACAUCAACAGGGACAGUGCUAUGAUAGUCCAAAGAUCACAAUUGGGUGCUUCUGCUAGAGACAUUAACAUUACAGCGAGUGGAUCUGGUUUUGCACUGUUUCAAGUUUCCUAUGAAUAUAAUAUGAAUGUAACAGGUCCAUGGCCAUUGUUUACGUUGGAUCCACAAGUUGAUAAGAAUUCAAAUCGAUAUCAUCUUCAGUUAUCCGUCUGCACAGCCUUUGCAACAAGAAAUUUAACUGAUACACCGGAAAGCAACAUGGCCGUCAUGGAAGUGAACCUUCCUUCAGGGUUUACAGCCGACAUGGACGCGUUACCAAGCUUGGAAGUAUCACAGAACGUGCAGAAAGUUGAAACAAAGAAUAUGGACACCACAGUCGUAUUGUAUUUUAAUAAUUUGACAAUUAACGAGUAUUGUCCGACAGUGUCAGCUUUCCAAACACAUAAGGUGGCAAACCAGAAACCUGCAGCAGUUGUAGUCUACGACUAUUAUGAUAGUUCACGACAAGCACGGAUUUUCUAUAAGGGACGUCGGUCGUCUUUGUGUGACAUUUGCGAAGAUGAUGACUGUGGAAACGUGUGUGCCGCUGAAGCUGAAAAACAAAGAGCCGAAGAAUCUAAAGAUGAACCACGUGCGUCAAAUAUUAAAGAUGAUGCUGUUAUUCCAAUGAUCAACACCUUUAUUCUUCUCAUUGCCAUAUCAUUUCAAUUAUUAUUCUAAUUUUCUCUUACAACUAAAAGACUAAACACUAUAAAAAGUUUUCUUGCUAAAUUAUAUAAUUACUAUCACAAUUUUUGUAUAACGAAACUUAUUUGUUAAUGAUUGUACGUUGUUCUUUAAUAUUUCCAUAUCUUACUCAGAGAUAUGAUGUGACAUAAAUGUUAAUUGAAGUUAUUGAACAAUGUAUGAUAUGAGUUUCGUAUUUAUUUUGUCUAUCAUUAACUAAUUAAUAAAUAAAAGGCUAGUCAAUGCUCUUUUGUAAGUGUUUAACUGUAUGUACAUUUUAAAUUUUGUUUUUUAUUGUAACAAUCAUUUUAUACUGUUUUAAAUACUUUUGUACUUAUAAUAAUGUGAUACUUAAAUGUUUACUAAUAUUGUUAAUUUGAAAGAAUAAACCUACAAAAAAUUACAUUUUUAAAGAA